AUGCACCUGUUAGAUACUGAAGCUGACACUCUCUCCCCUCUCCCUGUGUCACCCUUCCCCCAUCUUCCCCCCCUCACUCCCGCCCUCUCGCCCCCAUCCAGUCCCCAUCCCAUCAUGCUGUGCUGGCAGGGGGACGUGGCAGAACGAGUGGUGGAGCUGCUGGGAGGGAUGGGCGGGGACGUGGCAGAGCGAGUGGUGGAGCUGCUGGGGGGCAUGGGCGUUCAGGCUAAGAGGAGUGGGGGGAAGGGGAAGUAA